GAACGGUGUUAUUGGCCAACGCUGAGGAAGUCAUGUCAGACCCUAAGUUAUGGAAGAACCCACAUGAGUUUGACCCAGAAAACUUCCUGAACGCUGAAGGAAAAUAUGUAAAGAACGAAGGCUUCUUUCCUUUUGGUAUAGGAAGACGAGUAUGUGUCGGGGAGUCUCUGGCUCGCAUGCAGAUCUUUGUUCUUCCUCGCCAGCCUCUUCCAACGCUUCACCUUCUCCCUCGUGGGUGAGGGAGGUUAUUCUACCAACAACAACACCUUUAGUGCCCCAGUCAUCUACAGUGCUGUAGCUCACCUGAGACCACCUCUGUAGGUCCCUUGUAACAGCGCAAAGCAUCCUCAACCCCUACCAAUUUGGCUUCAGGAAAAGCAAAGCACAAACGACGCAAUUGUAAAAAUGCUAGACCUGUUUUACACAGCACUUGAAAAAAUGAAUAUCCAUUAGGACUCUUUAUCGACCUAAGGAAAGCUUUUGAUACAGUAGACCACAACAUCCUGCUCCACAAACUUGAUUAUUAUGGCAUAAGAGGCCACCCACUUACAUAUUUCAAAUCCUACCUUACUAACAGGCAUCAAUACGUCUCUUUUAAGGACAACCUCAUCAAUAAGACCACUGGAUACUGGAGUACCACAGGUCCCCUGCUCUUCCUUUUAUACAUCAAUGAUCUUCCUAAUGUAUCACAACACCUUAAACCUAUUCUCUUUGCUGACGACACGACGUAUGUCAUCUCCCAUCCUAAUCUUGCCUCACUCAACACCAUUGUUAACGAAGAGCUUGUGAAAAUGUCGACCUCGAUGACUGCUAAUAAACUUACACGUAAUACUGACAAAUCCUUCUACAUUAUGUUUGGGAACAGAACAGUUGUUGCCCAGCUGAAUAUAACGACUGACAACACUCUUACUGCUAAACAUAGUGAGGGCAAAUUCCUGGGCCUGCAUCUUGACAGCAACCUGAAAUUCAACACCCAUAUCAACAAAUAACAACAAAAAAAAGUAUUUAAAACAGUUGGGAUCCUCUCCAAGAUACGUUACUACGUACCACAAUCAGCCCUACUCACACUAUACUAUUCACUCAUCUAUCCCUACCUCACCUAUGCUAUUUGUGCCUGGGGAUCAACAGCAGCAACUCACCUAAAGCCAAUAAUAACCCAACAGAAAGCCACAGUAAGAAUUAUCACGCAAUCCAGUACUAGACAACACCCCUUCCCCACACUCUUCAAAGACCUAAACUUCCUCAGUGUACAGAACAUCCACACCUACUACUGUGCAACCUACAUCUACAGAACCAUAAAUUCUAAUAUUAACCAUGAACUAAAACACUUUAUAGUUGCAACAGAACACAUAGACACAAUACCAGACACAAAAAUCUGUAUGACAUUCCUCGUGUCCGGCUAAACCUCUACAAAAAUUCGGUGUACAUAAAAGGGCCUAAAAUCUGUAACUCCCUGACUGAGAACUCAGAACAGCAGACUCAACCACCAUUUUCAAAACUACCGUCAAAAAACAUAUUAUCUCCCUAACACACCCGAUCAUCAACUAGCCAAAUGAAACCCACCUAAUUCUCAUUUUUUGUAUCAUAACACAUCCAAAACAAUAUAAUCUUACUCUUGUCAUCUGUAAUUCCUUCUAACUUACACAUAUACUCACCCAAAUACAAUACAAUACAAUACAAUACUUUAUUUGGACAUGAUACAUAGUUGCACAAAGAAUUAUAGUUGGGUGUACAUGCCAAAAGCCCUUUAUAUGCAGAGCAUUAUGUGCAGGCUUAAAAUUAACUUAAGAUUAACUAAGCAAUGAUAUAUUCAGUGGCAAAAAUUACAGUAAACAAAAUACAACAUGAAGUACAAAUGAAUAUUUUAAACAAUGAAGAGGAAUUAUAAUUGUACAAAUUUGUAGCAUAACAAUGUAUAAUAUAACAAAAUGAUCAAUAUACUAUAUCAAUAUACUAUUGGUAGUGCAGAAACAGGUCAGAUGGUCAUUAGAUGAGUUACUGCGCAUUCAAGAGAAUGGAUUAUUCUAUUAGGUAAUGUAAUUAAAAAAAACAUAGUUUGAUAGAGUCACAGUUUACACUUUUAUGAAAUACAGUUAUUUAAUAUUUAUUUAGUUGUGGUUGAGUAAGUGGUUUUUAAGAAGAGUCUUGAAUUGAUAAACAAUGUUUCUUUUGUAUUCACAGGUAAUGAAUUCCAGAUUUUUGGGCUUUUUAUAUGCAUAUAGUUUUUAUAUAGCGUGAGAUGGACACGAGGAACAUCAAAGAGUGAUCUGUGCCUUGUGUUAUGUCAUGUGUUCUGUUGAGGUUGAUAAGGAGAAGUUUGAGGGGAGGGUUUAUACCUGAGUUUAUUGUUCUAUGUAGAAGGCACAAUAAUAAUGUGGAUGUUUUGUACAGUGAGUAAGUUUAGAAUAUUGGUGGAGUAUGCUGCCUGGAGUGGGAAUUUGUUAUCGUUCUGACUGCAGACUUUUGUUGGGUAAAUAGUGGUCUGAGAUGAUUUAUUAUUGUUGAGCCCCAUGCACAGAUUCCAUAGGUGAGAUAGGGGUAAAUGCGUGAGUGAUAUAGGGCCAGGAAAGCUGACUGUGGAACAUAGUACUGUAUCUUCGAUAGUAUGCCUACGGUCUUGGAGAUUUUCUUGGAAAUUUGUUGUACAUGUGUGUGAAAUUUGAGUCUAUUAUCAAGGUGGAUUCCUAAAAAAUUUCCCUCUGUGAGUUUCGUGAUAGGUGAUCCGUUUAUCAUUAUGUUAAGAGGAACAUCUGUAGUUCUGUUCCCAAACUGAAUGAAGUAGGUUUUGUCUAUAUUGAGAGUAAACUUGUUAAUCAAUUCGGUAUUUACAGUAUUGGCUAGUAUGACUGGGCUUGGGUGAGAGAAGACGUAUGUAGUGUCAUCUGCAAAGAGUGUGGGUCUGAGUAGUUGCGAUGCAUUUGGUAGGUCGUUUAUGUAAAUGAGAAAGAGAAGAGGGCCAAGGACACUUCCCUGUGGGACUCCAACUGUAAUUGGCUGUGUGGAAGAGUUUGCUCCAUUUGUGUACACAUAUUGGCUUCUGUUGCUAAGGUAUGACUUUAGGUAGUUGAGGGAGUGCCCCUUAUACCAUAGUGUGAUAAUUUUAUGUGCAACAAAUUAUGGUCAACUGUAUCAAAAGCUUUACAUAAAUCAAUGAAGAUCCCCAAUGGGACUUCUUUUUUCUCAAGUGCAGUGUAUAUUUGUUCAAGCAUGUGUAUAAUAGCAUCAUUCGUAUUUUUAUUUGUCCUGAACCCAAACUGACAGGGAUUGAGUAUGUUGUGGGAGAUGAGGUAGGAGUAAAUUCGCUUAUGAAUUAAUUUUUCAAAGAUUUUAGAAAGAAGGGAUAAGUUGGAUAUUGGCCUAUAGUUAUUCAAGUCUGCUUGAUCUCCACCUUUAUGUAUUGGGGUGACCCUCGCUAUUUUGAGAACUGUAGGGAAGGUAGAGGAUUCGAUGGAUUUGUUAAAGAGUGUUGCAAUGAUUGGUGACAGCACUUGUGAAGCUUUUUAGUAUAUAAAGGAUGGUAAGGUAUUUAAAUCUCCUGCCUUGUUCUUUAGUGUGUUGAUAAUAAGUGAGACUUCUCUUGGGUUGGUCGGAGCUAGGAACAGUGUGUUCGGGAAGGUGCCAGUGAGGUAGUCAUUAGGUGGGGUGUUUGAGGUUGGGAUUUUUUCCACCAGGUUUUUUUUCCUAUGGUGGAGAAGAAAACAUUGAGUCUGUUUGCUGUUUCAGUCGGCGGGAAUUGGGGUUCUUCUAGUUUUGUUAGUUUGAUUGUUCUGUUUCCUGGUAUCUUCUUUGUUCCUAGAAUUUCAGAUAGGGUUUUCCAGGUCUUUUUUAUAUCACCUUUUAAGUUGGAUAAUCUAUUCUCAUAAUACAAUUUUUUUGCCCUUCUUAUCAGGCUGGUUAGGAUUGACGAGUAACAUUUUGUUUGGUCUCUGGUUAUGUGACCCAUUCUGCACUGUUUUUCGUAUAGGUGCUUUGUAUUUAUGGAUUUGAGGAUGCUGGGUGUUAGCCAGGGACUGUUCAGUCUCUUAGCUGUCAUCUGUUUAGUUUUUUUUGGGCAGUGCUUGUUAUAGACGUAUUGGGUCUGUAAACAUAAAACUCCUAAUAUAGCUAUUGCCUAUUAAAUCUCAAGUUAGUCCUAAGUUUGCCUAAUAUACUCUUCCAGUAUAGGAGCUUUUAUAGAAACAGUGUAUCAUGCCAAGACAAAUCUCAUCCCAUUACUAAAUUUACCGUUUGUAAUAUUAUUACAUGUAUAUGUUUUGUACUACCGUACUAUUAUAAAUCUAAUUAUGUAUCUAAUUAUGUAUGUUUUAAUUAUGUAUGUAACUAAUUAUGUAUGUUAAAAUAUACUGCUCUAUAGCCUAUAUCAAUAUUGAGUAAGAAUUAGUAUUAAUCUGCCCGAAAUGCUAGGGAUGCUAGUGGCCAUCUUUUUAAUUAAUACUUUAUAACAUGUAAACCAUGCAUUGUAAGCUUUACAAGGAAUAAACAUUUUCAUUUUCA